UUGAUAUUUCUGCAAAAUAUGGCUUAUGCUGUAUGCCAUUCACUCAUCCAAACCAUAGACCGAAUCCUGAAUCUCGACCCUCAAAAGUACCCUAUCUCCGAUGAAGGAAAGCGAAAGAUUAAAGAUCUUCUUGCACGGAUCGAAUUCAUCAAACUGUUCCUCCAAAAGUAUCCCAAGGAAGCAGCGACUUUCCUAACGGAUGUCACCAACGCCGCCAACCAAGCCGAAGACGUGAUGGAGCACUUCAUCUACGAGCACUACCGCUGGAACCUCCAGGCCGAGAAAAUGGCCGCUGUCGGCCGCCCACGCAAUCGUACAGAGAUUCUGUACGAUUUCCGUGAGCUGGACAGAGUGAUGGAGAAAAUAUCCCCCAUCGCUCAACAGAUGGCGGAGAUCCAACAAAAAGAGGAGGAGGAGCACGUUGUGCAGCCAGCAACGACGAUGAGCUCGUUGGCCCAGAAGCCCCUACCCGUUAUCGAUACUGACACGGUUGGUCUCGAGGAGUACUUGAAGAAUAUUAAAGAUGUGCUCUGUGGACAACCGUCGUCCCAACGCCAGAUCAUCCCCAUCACGGGGAUGGGUGGGAUUGGGAAGACCACUCUGGCUAGAGCUGUUUACAACGAUGAGGACGUCAUCAACGAGUUUCCUGUCCGAGCUUGGAUCGUUGUGUCUCAAAAUUAUAACACAGAAAAUAUUUUUGGAGAACUCCUAUAUGCCUUGGAGAAACAAAUCCCUGACACUCUUGUGGACAAAAGUGAGGCAGUGGAAAAUAAGAUACACAGAAUCUUGACGUUGAAGAAGUACCUGAUCGUGGUGGAUGAUCUGUGGAGCGCCAAGGCGUGGGACGACAUAAGGAAGGCGUUUGGCGACCCCAGGAAGUGUGACGGGAGUCGGAUUUUGAUCACCACCAGGGAUGAGACUGUGGCUAAAGAUGUCAGCUCUACUAGUACUCCUAUCAGGAUGCAGCUCAUGGAUUAUGACAACUGUUGGACUCUGCUCAAGAAAAAGGCUUUUCGAGACAGAGAUCUACCACCGGAUAUGAAUAGAAUCAUGAGGGAAGUUGUGAGCGGUUGUGAAGGAUUGCCCCUUGCGAUUGUGCUCAUUGGAGGUAUCUUAUCAGAAGCACCAAUGGAAGCAUGGGGUGAAAUUGCAAAAGAUGUGAAAUCUGCAGUUGAGAGUACUACUGAGUUCGGAAAGAGAAUUGCGUUGAGUUACACAUAUCUACCUGUUGAUUUGAGGCCAUGUUUCUUAUACAUGGGUGGUUUUCCAGAAGAUCACGAGAUCCGGAUCUCGAAGCUUAUCAAGUUAUGGAUAGCUGAAGGAUUCGUCCGAGAUGAAAAUGAGGCUAAAGAUUACUUGAACAAGCUUGUGAGGAGAAAUCUUCCUUUGAUAACGGCUCUCAAGUGCAACGGUGAAUUUAAAAGCUGCACCAUACAAAAUAUGGUCCGUGAUCUUGCCAAAUCGCAAGCUCUAGAUGAGAACUAUGAGCGGCGGCUGAGUAUUGGUUAUCCGGAUCUUAAGCGCCUUGCUAGAGCUUACGCCUCAACGCUGCGUUCGUGUUUGACCUUCCAGUCUAGUGAGAGCUCGUUAGCUGGACUGCGAAAGUUCAAGUUACUGAGGGUGCUUGAUGUGGUGGACACUGACGCGUACUCGCUCCCAGCUCCCGUGUUUGAGCUGUUUCAUUUGAGGUACCUUGCAUUCGGAUGUCCAAUGGAGGUUCCGCACGCCAUAUCAAGGCUUCAAAAUCUUCGCGUUUUGUUAGUUCAUCAUAGCAAGAGACUGAGGCAACACUCAAAGGACAACGUGGAUCUACCACAGGAGAUCUGGUUGUUGCCGCUUCUGACUCAUCUCGUCUCCUUUUACGAUCUUCUGCCAGAUCCAGAAGGAGCAGCCUCUGCUUUGGAGGAGCUGAUCACACUGAAUGUGGUGAAGAAGCUGAUAUGUACAGAACAGAUAAUGGGAUUACUUUACAAUUUGAAGAAAUUGGCAAUCACUUAUUUUGGAGACAAAUACCCAAAUGAAGACUAUCAGCUCCACAAUCUUCAUCUCCUGACUCAACUUGAGAAGCUGACACUAGUUGUGAAAGAAGGCUCUCUUCUUGAGAAAAAAGCUAAGCCUGUUUUCCCAAAGUCGCUGAAGAAGUUAACCUUGAGCGGUUGGCGAUUCCCUUGGGUAGAUAUGAAGGCUAUUGCUGCUCUGCCCGAGCUUCAAGUGCUCAAACUGAGAGAUCAUGCCUUUGAAGGCGGUGCGUGGAGCACUAUUAAAGAAGACAGUGAUGAUGAUGAUGAUGAUGAUGAUGAUGAUGAUGAUGAUGAAGAUGAAGAAGAUUUGUUUGUUAAACUGGAAUAUUUGCUAAUUCAGGAAUCUGAUUUGGAGGAUUGGGUGACUGAAAGUGACCAUUUCCCAGUACUGAAGCGGCUAGUGCUCAAUCGUUGUGAUAAGCUGAAGGAGAUUCCGGAAGACAUAGGUGACAUUUUAGAACUUAGACUGAUCGAGGUUGAUCGUACAAACGAAUCUCUUCUCCAUUGUGUCCAAUGGAUCCGUGACACACAGUGGGAAUAUGGCAGAGUCAUUCAAGUUCGACUAUUAUAAGUUUUAGUUUUGCAGGUGUAUUAACAAGGAAGCUGAGAUAAGGUGGAUUUGAUGAUCAAGAUUUCAUAUUAGAGGUGUUAUGAAGAAAUGAGAUGUUCUGCUGUGGAGAAACAUCACCCUCUGUGUUUUAUUUUGUGUCAUGUUUUCUUUCUUUUUUAUUUAUAUUUAAGUAUUUCUUGAUAUGGACAUUUUUUAUGUUCAAUAAACACUGGAGAUAGUGGUGUAUUAUUUGUCACGUCUAUAGCUAUUCAAACAUUUAUAAGAAUCCAAAAUUUUAUGCGGUU